UUCAAGAGUAUAAUUAUGUUUUCUAGCCUAACUACACAUUCCAUUAAAGAUUUAUUUUAUUUUCAGGUAUUUAUGCGUGAGGCUCUAGCCCUUCGUUUGGAUUUGCUCGAAUCGAGAGUUCAGUGCUUGUUUGGUUCCAAAACAGAAGGCAAGUUGGCAAAAUGGCGUAAAAAGGAGAAUAAUAAUUGUUCAAGCAGCAGCCAAUUUGGCUCUCCUAGAAAAGAUGAAUUUAAAGAAAAUACUUCUGAUAAUAUUGGAGAAGAUAAAUUAGAAAAUUUUGAAGAAAAUGAAGGGAAAGACGAAGAAAAUCAAAAUAAUAAUGAAGUAGGGGAAUCUUCUACAAAUUCUUUCACUAAACAAGCUGCUAAAAGCUCAACGUUUUCUGUUGAAUCAUUAGUGCCACGGGGCCGUCGACCCAACACAAAAUACCCACGUGUACAGGCUUGUAAAAGUAUCGCCCCAUAUAUGUUUCCUCUAUUUCCUAUUACGCAACCGUCUGGCCAGACAAUUAGACAACCGGGGACAGAACAAUAGUGAAAAACAAAAAUUUAAAAAAGAAAAGAU